CUGUAGCUUAUGCAUUGAUCAAAGGUGUGGUAACGCCUCGGACGUGUGCUCUAAUUGGCGCGAUCUUAUCAUCAGCAUGCCUUGCUACUGCUGGAUUGAUUAUGUCUGUACCAGCUCUUGUGAUAAGCCUUACAAUAACAGGUACUGGGUUGUCCAUGGGAUAUCUGUCAUCAAAAAUUAUGCUCAAUGAAUAUUUCAAAGGUAAUUACGUUCUGGUAGCUGCAAUCGCAAAUUUGGGCAACACAACGGGUGCGCUCAUUGCACCAUAUAUCGUGGAGAGGUCGCUUGAAGCAUAUGGCUAUGUUGGAGCUAUGCUUAUUUUGGGUGGUAUCAGUUUACAUGCAAUUCCGGCAAGUGUCGCUCUGAGGAAUCCUCCAGAAACUCCGAUAAGAAGCUCUAAUCCGGAAAGAGAGACAGAGGCUUUGAUUCUAGAUGAAGAACGGUCUUCGAAACGUUACCUCAGGAAGACACGACAACCUACUAACUCUAAUUUUAUGAUCACAGAAGACAAUCAACAAAAUAGACCGCCAGUUUCUCUUGGAAGUCAUGACAAUACAAUAAAACAGAAAUUCAAGAAUUUGGUUCAAAGCUGCAUUUGUAUACAAGAACCUCUGAUGACCAUUUCAUCUCCUUCCAUUUUCUUGACCUUCUUUGGAGUGAAUUCCUGGGUUCUCUUCUUGGUGCCGAGAGCUGAAUGGCAUGGUAUCCCUAGCUCCGACGCAGUUUUCUUGUCAACUUUAGCUGGUGCAGGGGGAAUCAUUGGAAGAUUGGUCUACAUAGCGUUGAUCUACUUUGGCGCCAAUGCCAUCUUCCUCUCCUUCAUAUUCAACAUGAUAUCAGCAAUCACAUUUCUGAUGGACCCGCUCAUUACAACCUUUCCAGAGAUGUGCGUGGUAGCUUUUAUCCAGGGGUGGUGUCUCUUCUCGUGCCAAGUUUCAACGGCUGCUUACCCGAAGUAUGCUGCUUCUGACAAAAACUUUGCGCUAGCUGCAGGACUUCAAGGUCUGAUGGCUGGAAUGGGAGCAAUCGUCGGUGGUUUUAUAUCAGGUCUUAUAAAGGAUGCCAGCCGGUCAUUCACUAUAGUAUUCCUUGUUCUUGGAGCUGUGUUCACCGUAAACUCGAUGACUACUUUGCUGUUUUUCGUUGCCUAUCGCAGAAAAAGGGCAAUGCCUUCACCGCGUGGCGAUUAAAAAAAACAAAGGGCACGGUUGAUAUCAAAUCAAAGAUGGAUGCAAUGAUCUUUAUUUAAUCUAUAUUUUCAUUUAUUUCAAAUAAAGUGUGAUUUUUCAAAAAAGUCAAUUUUAAAGAAACUUUCAGUUUAUGUACUGCCAUUACAAUGUAUAUUGAUGGAAGAUUAUACAUCAACAAGUCUGUUUGUAGGCUAUUUAAUGAUACGCUUGAAGUUUAAUGUAGCCAUAUGUAUACUUCAUUUAUCUAAAUGCUCCAGUCAAUUUACAAAAAUCUUUCUUAUUUGA